GUAGAACGUCGAGUUGCUCAAGCAAAGAAUGAAAAUCAAAAUUUAGUUCAAUUUGGUCAAUAUCGAGAUCCACAUUUUGAUUAUAGUAAUUUCUUGCAUGGUUCAGAUUUUCAACCACGAAUUGUUGAUAAAGGUGAUAAUAAAAAACAACUUGAAAUAUCUAUUGAAAUGAAAAAUUAUAAACCAGAAGAAAUUAAAGUAUCAGUAAAGAAUAAUGAAUUGAUUGUUAAAGGUGAACAUCGACAUAAAGGUGAUAAUAGUUUUGAACGAUCAUUCUUUUUCAAAUCAACAACAUUACCACCAGGUACACAAGUUGAACAAACUCAAUCAUAUUUUACUGAUGAUGGUCAAUUGAAAAUAGAAGCACCAUAUGUUGAACAAAAAGAAGCUACAAAAUCUGUUGAACAGAAAGAAGCUGCAAAACUUGUUGAAGAACAAAAAAAAUAA